AUAACAUACUAUUUUGCAUUUCUUUCGCUUCCGUUUCCAUUGUUUUUCCGUUCUCCUUCCCUCCUUGAAUAAAGAGAAGGAAAAAACAAUGGCACCCAAAAUCCUCCUUAUCCCCAUCCUUCUUAUCGCUCUCUUCCUCCCCACCCAGGCACAAUACGCCUCCUACGGAGACAAAGACGGCGGCUACGCCUCUGCAGAUUCCGCGGCUGUCUCCUCCAUUUCCGCCACCCCCGAGGCCUCUCCCGCCGCCGCCCCCGGCCCCGCUCUAGAAUCUUCUGAUCCCGCUCCCGCCGACUCCUACGAUGCCUCCUUAGCCGCCGAGCCCGGUUCCGGCGGCUCCGCUUCUGAAACCCCCCCGGCGGAUUCCACAGAAACCCCGCCGGCCGAUUCCUCCUCUUCUGAAACCCCGUCGGAUGAUUCCGCAACCUCUACCGUCGCCGUCACUCCCUGGAGAAAAACGGACAAUCUGGACACUGAACCCAUCACGUCAAACGAAGUUCCGGCAGAUAAGAAGGCCAGCGUGAAAUUGUUCGUCCAAUCCACCAUGCAGGCAACCCAGGCGAAAACGCAGGACUUCAUUACCGCCGUGAUUGACAAAAGGCUGAAAGAUCCCCAGAUCGGCACCUACACCAAAGAUUGCCUGCUCACAUGCAAAGAGGUUUACGAGGAUUCCGAGGACGCCAUGAAGAAGACCAUGGAGGAUAUCGACGAGGGCAACUACUUCAAAGCCAACGUGGACGUGAGCGCCAUAUCCUCCGACGCCGAGACCUGCAAGGAGUGCGUCAAAAUGGUGUACGGCCAGGACCCGGAGUUGGACAAGUUUAACAAGUGGGUCGACGGCGUUAUUGACAAGUGCCUCACCAUGAUCACCGGCUAUAAAGCUUAAUUUUCAAAAAAGUAGUCAAUACACAUACACCAGAAAUGCAAAAUUAACAAAACAAAGCAAAUAUUAAAAAAAAAAAACAAUUAUUGUGAAUUAUGAUGGAGAAAUUAAAGAGAUUGACCAUCGAUUGUAAAGAAGUAGAUAGUUUAUGUUCCCCGACUUCCGACGAUCGCAGCAAUAUAAUUUAUGUAUUGUUAGCGAACCAUAUAUGUGAUACCAAACAAGUCUGAUCUCA